AUGCGCGCAGAGGUCUUCGCCAAGGACACACAGUCCCUCGUGACCGCGUCCAGGCUGCUCUUGAGCGUCGGAGCGCGAGGCAUCAACGUGCCCAACAAGGCUACCGUCGCGCAGAACCCAGAGCUGGCUCCCGCGGCCGCGCUCCAUUCUCUUGCUGCGGCCCUGUCAACGACCGAGAUGAAGGGUGUCUGCCCACACUACUCGCUCAAGUUCAACAACGACGCACGUGACCCGGCCUCCACGCUUCGCCGAUUUGAAGCCUUCUGUGAGGAAGCCGCAAGCCUGCACGUGCGCGAGAUCCUGCUUGUGAGCGGCUCUGGGUCCCGCUCGUUCGACUCGCUCGCUUGCCUCAAGGCUCUGACGCUGCCGGCGGAGCGCCGUCCCGCCAUCGGGGUGGCCUUCAACCCCUUUUUCCCCGACCGGGCGGCGCGCAUGCGGGAGCGCGCCCGAUUGCGGCAGAAGCUCAACACCGGGGCUGUCUCCGCCAUCUGGCUGCAGAUCGGCUCCGACGUGCUGCUCCUACGCGAGGCACUCGCGUUCCUCGCCGAGCUGCGGGGGGUGCAUCCGGCCCUUCGGCUGUACGGCUCGGUCUUUCUGCCCUCACGCAAGCUCCUCGCGCAGCUGAAGUUCCGGCCAUGGAACGGUGUCUUCCUCUCAGCCGAAUACCUCUCCUCGGUCGAGGUGGCGAGCACGAUCACGUGCCGCGUGCUCGACGCUUACGCGACGCACGGCGUCGAGCCACUCCUCGAGUCGGCGGUCCGGUCUCGAGCAGAGUGGCGAGCCGCUCGUGAGCAGCUCGGGCUCUCUCCCGACAUCCCUGCUGCCCUGUCCACAGCCGAGGACCCUGCUGCCGAUGCCACGGAGGCCACCGAGCCCGGCCUGUCGGAGCCGCCCCUCUCCAAAAGGCCGCGUCGCCAAAGCAAUCCCAUCGCGCCGGUGGAUGCGGAGCCAGCAGCGGCGGUGUCGCCGGCGACCUCAGCUGGCGCUUCCGGCGCGGCCGCACCCACUGCUUGCACCCUCGUGUGGUUCCGGACCUUCGACAUUCGCCUCGCCGACCAUGCGCCUCUGCGCGCGGCGGCAAGCGCAGGGGCGGUCUGUCCGUGCUUUGUCUGGCCCGCGAGGCGCGGCACAUGGUCGCUUGGCGGCGCGGCUCAGGCGUGGCUGCGAGAGGCGCUUCGCAGCCUCGCGGGUGGCCUGAGAGAGCACUACUCCUCACGGCUUGUGCUGCGAGCGCCGUCGGGCGGUGGCGACGCCAGUGACGAGUACCUGGCAGCAGCAGCCGCCGCGUCGUCCAAGGUAGCUGUGCUUCGUGGGGCGGAUUGUGCGGCCGCAGAGGCGGAGGCUGUCACGACCGCCGCGGAGUUGCUCCGCCUGGCCGACGAGAGCAGCGCGAGGGCGGUGUACUGGCACCGCAGCUACGAACCCGAGGGACAGCGAGUCGAGGCGGUCGUGCGCGAGGCGCUGCGGGGCCGGGGCAUCGCUUGCGUCGCAAUGGCGGGCGCGUUGCUGUACGAGCCCGCUGCGGUGCACUGCCCGGCUGGCUGGCAGGGCGGCCACUGGGGCACUCUGAUGCCGUUUCUGCGCGCGUGCGAACGCUCCGGGCCGCCGCCGACGCGUCCGACAGAGCGCCCAGUGGCGAUGCAGCCUCCAUGCGCGUGGCCCGCAAGCGGGGCGCUAGAGGACCUUCGCCUGGCCGCUCCGCCGGUGCUGUCCGGUGGCUCGGUCGGCCGCGACUGGAGCGCGGCGAUGAUGGCCGGUUGGGAGGUGAGCGAGGCGGCCGCGGCACGGGCGAUGGAAGAUUUUGUCGGCGGCGGCGGGCUGGCCGGCUACGAGGCGCGACGCUCGCGGGCAGACGAGCCCGGCGCCGUGUCGCGCCUCUCCGCCUUCCUUCGGUUCGGCCAGCUCUCUCCGCGCGCGCUGCACUUUGCGGUGCGCGACGCGGGAUUGCCGCGCGAGCAGGUCAAGACGUUUGCGCGCCGACUGCAUUGGCGCGACCUAGCAUCCUUUCACCUCUCUGUCUUCCCCGAGAUGCCCUGGCGUCCGAUCCGCGCGCACUACGCGUCGCACGAGUGGUCCGGCGACGCCAGCGCGCUGCGAGCGUGGCAGCGUGGCAACACCGGCUUCCCCAUGGUGGACGCUGGCAUGCGGUGUCUUUACGCGACAGGGUGGAUGCACCAGUCGGUCCGCAUGGUCGUCGCGUCGUUUCUAAUCGAGUACCUUGGCAUUUCGUGGGUGGACGGCGCGCGUUGGUUCCACGACACGCUCGUCGACGCCGACUUAGCCAUCAACUCGAUGAUGUGGCAGAACGCUGGCCGAUCGGGGAUAGACCAGUGGAACUUCGUUCUCUCCCCCGAGACGGGAUCGCAGGACCCGAGCGGCGGGUACGUGCGCAAGUGGGUGCCGGAGCUCGCUGGUCUGCCGACGAAGCACCUCCACGCGCCGUGGAAGGCGCCGGCGGCGACCCUCUCUGCGGCGGGAGUCGAGCUCGGCGCAACCUACCCGCACCGCAUCGUGCCCGACCUGCCGGCGGCUCGGCGCAUCACCGUUGCGGCGCUGCUUCGGAUGCGCGCUUCUUCGCUUGACUUCAACGACGCAGGCGGCUACGACCUGGUCACUCUACCCACGGGUGAGACUACGCGAGUGUUCACCAAGCAGGAGUUCAGGCUCACCGCCUCUGGCCUACUCAAGCCGCCCCCGAGCGGCAGCCGAGGUCGCGGCUCGGCACGCAGCCGCCACACGAGCGGCGGUGGCCGAGCGAGUGGCCGAGGCGCGCAGUUGCAGGGCAAGGUGUCGACCGGGCAGAAGAAGAUCUCGUCGUUCUUUUGACACCACACGCGUGUGUUUGAUUGAGAGCAACCUCUUGGAGUGCACAUGAGCGACGCCACUCAUUUCUCUGCUGGGUGCGCCUAUAAUGUCGCCUUUUGCGGCCCCUUUGAGUUUCUCUUUAACAAAGAAAG